AUGGUCAACCAAGCACCAAAGGCACAAAAAAGCACCCAAAAUCAAGAGACACAAAAUAUCAAAAACACUAUCAAGAAAUUCCACGCCAAUGUUCAACCGAUACUACAUUCGUCUUACAAAGCGAAUCAAGCUAAAGUUGUCCGAGUGAAGAAAUGUUGGGAUGAAAAUUGUGAUUGCAGUACUGAAGAUUGUGACAAUGUUUGUGACAGGAAAGUAUGCCCAAAGUCAUGUACUCUGAAAAAGGCUGGAUGCAGAAAUCAAGUCUUCGAAGAAUACCGACUAAAGGAUAAACUCUUUUAUGCCGAAUCCUCCGGAGAGAAAGGAAUCGGUCUUUUCGCUUCUCGGGACAUCAAAAAAUAUGAUUUCAUCGUUCCUUACAACGGAGAAAUCAUCACUGCUGCCGAGCUAGAAAUUAGAAAGAAAAAGUACAAGGAAAUCGGUGUAAUUCAUACGUAUCCGUUCAAAGCUGGACGUGGGUUCUACAUUGACCCUACAGAACGCGGGAACUCCGCUCGAUUUGCCAAUCAUAGCUGUGACCCCAACAUGAUUGCGCAAAAAUACGUGGUCAACAAUCGAAAGGAAGGAUUCCGAGCAAUUGGAUACAUCGCCGACAGAGACAUCGAAAAACACUCUGAACUCACCAUCAAUUAUGGAUAUGAUUAUGACCCGGUAUUGAGUCAGAGAUGUCUCUGUGGGGCGGAAGCAUGCAAAGGAUGGAUUGGUCAGCCUCCGCCACCUGCUGAUGCUAAAGACGAUGAACAUCCCAAUGAUGAAGAAGUGGAAAGUCUUCUGGAUGAAGACGAAGAACGUCGUAUUGAUGACGACGACGAACCUCUUGUCGAUGAAGAGGACGAAAAUAUUCCAACGAAAUUGAAUAAUUCUAAAAGUAAUAAUUAUUCUGAGCUGAUGCCAGUGAUGAACUCCUUGGAACAACGCGAGCUGUCCAACGUGUACAAGAAGAUUCUCGAGAUCCCAGUUCGUGCACAACUCAAAAAUGGACUUAUUUCUGAGCUUCAAUUCGAGAAGGAAGAUACCGAGUGGUCUGAGAACAUGAAGAGAGCUAUUCUCAACACGAUUUCAUUCAACCCAAGCGCACCAAGAGACGAGAAAUUGGAAUCUGAUGAAGACAAGGAAUGGACCGAGAAUAACACCGCUUUCUUCACCAACGAGAAAACUCUGGAAGGAAAUUGCCAAGUUGCUUAG